AUGCUUAACAGUGCUAAGUGUUUUCAACUUUUGACAAAUUUGUCGAAAAGUGGUACAAAGCAACAUUUACCAUUAUGUGCAGUAAACAUAGAAAGAAAAUACGCGAACGGUGCAGUGCCUAAAGCAAGUAAUGAAAAUGCUUUACCAUUUGAAAAAAUGCCUGGACCAUCAGCUUUACCAGAUAAAGGAACGAUGCAUCAUUUUGCAAAGGGCGGGCAGUACCAUGGAAUGGAUUUGGACAAACUGUCAGUGAAAUUAUACGAAGAUUUUGGAGACAUUGUAAGCGUUAAAGGCGUUCCCGGAAAAUAUGAUAUGGUGUUUCUUUACAACUUUGACGAUAUGGAAAAGGUUUAUAGAACUGAAGGACCUUGGCCGUCGAGACCCAAUAUAGAGACCAGAGAACAUUAUUUAAGAGAAAAAAGGCCAGAAUUAUUCAAGAAUAUCGUUGGACUUUUUCAUGCGCAAGGUAAAGAUUGGCAAGAUAUUCGAUCCAAAGUGAAUCAACCAAUGAUGCAAACAAAAAUUACGAAGCAAUAUGUUGGAUGGAUCGAAGAAAUUGCUGACGAUUUUAUUACCAGAUUGAUGUUGUUUGGACUUGAUGAAAAAGGCAAUGCAUCAGAAGAUUUUAUGACUGAAGUCAAUAAAUGGUCUCUUGAAUCAAUUGCUCGAAUUGCUAUUGAUUCACGUUUGGGUUGCCUCGAUGCUGAUCUUCCAGAAGAAUCUGAUGGAAUAAAGUUAAUCAGAUCUAUGCCGAAGUUUUUCGAACUCGCCUAUGAAACUGAUUUAUUGCCAUCAAAUUGGAAACUCGAACCAACACCAAAAUAUAAGGAAUUGAUUGAAAUUUACGAUGUUUUCACAGAUGUGGCUGUUAAACAUAUAUCAGCUGCAGUGAAACGCUUAGAAACAAAUCCAACAUCAGAUGAUAGCAAUUUAAGUAUUUUAGAAAAACUGCUAAAAAUUGAUUACCAAGUUGCUAUAAUUAUGGCAUUAGAUAUGUUCUUUGCUGGAAUUGAUACUACCUCAUCCAGUACUGUCACUACAUUAUACAAUUUGGCAAAGAAUCCUGAAGCACAAAAACGUUUAAGGGAAGAAUUAAACAAAGUUUUCCCUAAAGGCACUCAAAUAACAUCGGAAGGUUUGAAUGAUUCGCCUUACCUAAAAGCAUGUAUCAAGGAAUCAUUAAGAAUUAAACCUGUCGCCGUAGCUAAUGGACGGUUAGCCGCUGAAGAUAUGGUUCUAGGCGGAUAUAAUAUUCCAAAAGGUACUGCACUCAUGAUGUUCCACCAUUUGGCAGCAGUUCUGAAAAACCAGUUUCCCGAUAAAGACAAAUUUCUGCCGGAGCGUUGGCUCCGUUCAGGGCCGGAUUCAGUUCCGGAUGCUAAAUGUGCGCACAAAUUCGCAUAUUUGCCUUUUGGCUUCGGGCCACGAAUGUGUGUUGGAAAAAGAUUUGCAGAACUCGAAAUGGAAAUUUUGAUAGCAAAAUUGGUAACAAACUAUCAUAUUGAAUGGUCUGGACCUGACAUGGAAUAUAGGACUACGAUGCUUACUGCUCCAACAGGAGCGAUGAGAUUUAAAUUUACGCCGACUAAUUAAAUU